AUGACUCCAGCAACCUCUUUCUCGACCUUCUGGACGCACUUCUUCCCUCCAAGACCCAAAUUCACUGAUAAGGAUGUGCCAGACCUGACUGGCAAGGUCUGCGUGGUGACUGGUUCCAACACGGGCAUCGGCAAAGAUGUGGCCCGCAUCUUGUACCUCAAGAACGCCAGAGUCUACAUGGCGUGUCGCUCUGAGCAAAAGGCCCUCCGAGCUAUUGACGCUAUCAGGACUGACAAAGAAGCCGCCCACUCCCGCGGAGAGCUGAUAUUCCUGCCUCUCGACCUGUGCGACUUGUCCAAGACUCGAAACGCGGCACAGAGCCUCGUCAAAAAAGAGGAUAAGAUUCACGUCUUGUUCAACAAUGCAGGUGUUCUGAGCAGCCCCGGUGACCCAUGGCGGAAGACGAAGCAGGGUUACGACAUCGCCCUGGGCGUCAACUGCGUAGCCACGUUCCUGUUCACCCGGCUGCUGACACCCACGCUCGCUGCCACAGCUCAGGCCGAACAACAGCCGAACACGGUACGGGUUAUCUGGCUGUCGUCCUUUGGCCUGGAGCUCGAAGGCGUGGGCGUUGUCCUGGAUAAUAUUCACUACGAAAAGCCUGAGAGCCAUACCCGGCGGUACGGACUGAGCAAGACAGGCGCCUGGGCGCUGGGAGUCGAGUACGCUCGGCGCCACUCCCGCUCUGACGGCAUCGUCAGCGUCCCUCUCAAUCCUGGUAAUCUCCGAUCCGAAUUGGCUCGGGACCAGGGCAUCGCGAUAAAGAUUCUUGUUGAGCUGCUUUGUUAUCCUGUGAUCAAUGGGGCUUAUACAGAGCUGUUCGCCGCCUUCUCGCCAGAGGUGACCGUCGAGUCCGACUGGUCCAAAGAGUGGAUAAUCCCAUUUGGCCGGUUCUACCCCCUGCGGCCUGAUCUUCCCAAGGCAACCAAGACUGAGGCUGAAGGUGGCACAGGUGGGGUCAGCAAGUUCUGGGAGUGGUGUGAAGACCAGGUCAAGGAGUAUCUAUAGAGGUGAUAAAUGUUCCCUUUAUUUA